AACCGUGUGAUAUGACUGAGUUUUUUGGUCCAAGGAUUCAGAGAGUCUAAAGCUUUCAUACUCGCGGUGAACAUGUUGUGUUAUUGGGGAGCGCAGGUCCGAGAAGGAUUCGGUCUGGUUAAACCUGAGCAAGUCAUACAUGGAAACUGGGGGAUAAAAUCCAUCUGUCCGAGUUCAGCAGCUUGCGGCACACUUGUUCAGGACAUCUCAACUGGAAAGAGUUAUGUUGGAUUCAUCAGAGAGGGAACGGCGUGGAUCCUGAGACUGCACAAUGAAGAUGCUGAUGAAAAACUAGAACCAUUACAGCUACAGAAUGAGAGAAUCAGAUCUAUUGUCUGUGGAGAAGCUGGUGCAGUUCUUCUUGCUGAUGAUGGAAAAGUUCUCGUUAUGGACCAAUCUACAGUGUGCAGGCCUCUUAAAGGUCUGGAGAACAGGCAGGUGAUUCAGAUCGCAUGUGGAGACCAGCAUUCAAUGGCGCUGACCAACGAUGGUCAGUUGUUCGUUUGGGGCGAGAAUGCUCUUGGUCAGCUGGGUUUGAGGAAAGAGCAGGCCGGCACUCAGUCUCCUCAACACCUCCAGAGUCUGUGUGGGAUCCCAGUGGCUCAGAUCAGCGCUGGAGGAAACCACAGCUUUGUGUUGUCUCUGUCAGGAGUCGUGUUUGGGUGGGGGAGCAACUCUGCUGGACAGCUGGGUCUCGGAGACACUACAGACCGAUUCAUCCCUACAAUUGUUAAAAGUCUGAGUGGAAAGAAAACAGUGUCCAUCUCAUGUGGAGGAGAACACACUGCCACUCUGUCAAAGGGAGGAACAGUGUUCACAUUUGGAUCAGGAGGUUUUGGUCAGCUUGGGCACAACUCACUUAAAGAUGAACAUCAUCCACGACUGGUUGCUGAACUGUGGGGAUCUAAAGUGUCGCAGGUCACAUGUGGGAGACAUCACACGCUUGUAUUUGAGGAUUCGUCAAAUCAGAUCUACUCGUUUGGAUGUGGGAUGCAAGGGCAGUUGGGAAAUGGAGAACAGGUCAAGCAGUCUGUGCCGUUACCAGUGCUUCUGCCAACUGAAUGUACUGAAUUUACGAUGGAAAAACUCAUCGCUGGAGAAAACCACUCCUUUGCCUUGUUUUUCAAGAGUCCUGGAAAUGAGUCUGAAAAGCCUAAAUCUGGUUCAAAUGGAGGAAUUUUGACACUAAAUGACAGAAUAAUUGACCGCUGGGUGUCUGAAAGUGACCCAUGGCCAACAAUAAAGAAUGAAAUAAACACAGUGUUCUCCUCUGCUGCCUCACUGAAUGGAAGUUUUCUCAAAACAAGUCGCGAUGAACAUUAUCAGACGUCUGUGGAGCGUUGUGGCUUGGAUUUUGAUCUGGUUAAAACAUCCUUUGCGAAGUUAUCCACAAGUAAAAGUCUGAUUUCAGAGGUGGUGAAGGUGGUUCAGCAGACGCUGCUGCCAUCUCUGAAUCCAAACCCAACUGGUGAGGAAGCUCUGAGACUUUAUCUUCUCCUCCCUGAGCUCAUCAAUGGUCUCAAGAAGCAAAGAACUAAACUCAUUGAAGCUCUGGCCUUCAAAAUCCUUGAGCUGUGUCCUGCAGCUCGCAAAGUGCUAGAGAUGUAUUGGUCCAGACUCCCUGAUGAUUGGUUUGAAGCCUUGAUAAAGUUAUUUCACAAAGAAUCUGCAGAGCUGAUAAAACAGAUUUCGAGGGGUGAAACUGACGAUCAAUCAACUAGACACUUGAAGAACUUUUUGGAGAUCCUUCAGAUGGCCUAUCAGAUCUGUUGCAGUACCAACAUCACAAAUCACGACUUCAUCAUUCCUGAGGUCAAUGAUCUCCUCGAAACACUGGACGCCACUUCUGCAGAAGUGCUUUGGAUGGCAUCGCGGCUUCCAAUCAAUGAAGAAUUGCACAAUAGGAUGAAACUGGAAGAUUACUACUUUAAAACAGCUGAAAUAUUGGUCAAGUUCCCUUUUGUGUCUGACUUUUUAACUAAAAAGAGCAUGUUUAUUCUCUUGCAGGAGCAAUGCAUACGGAGCUUACUAGACCUACUGGUGGUACAUUUGAAUGGCAACUUGUUGCACAUAAACAGGGAAUCAGUGCUGACGGACACCCUUCAGUAUCUUAGACCAUUUACCUACUCGUUUAUGCAUCCAUUGCAGGUGGCGUUCAUCGGGGAGGAUGAAAUAGAUGAAAAGGUUAUAUCAGCCGAAUUCUUCUCCCUUAUCUCCAAGUCUUUUAUUGAAUGGGAUAAAAAGAUUCUGGAAGUUCAUGAGAGUUCACUGGUUUGGUUCAAUCCUCAUCAUACACAGGACCAUAGGGAUUUCUACUAUCUUGGAGUGAUCUGUGGAAUGGCGCUCUACAACAGACAUCACAUCAACAUUGACUUUCCACUGGCCUUAUUCAAGAAACUCCUCCAGCAGAAGCCCAGUCUGGAUGAUCUGGAGGAGCUCUCACCUGUGGAGGCCAGAAGUCUGAAAAACCUUCUUGAGGAGGACGAGGAGGAAGUAGUGGAUUUGCAACAUUUGGAUUUCACGUGCAAAGGGCAAGAACUCGUCCCAAAUGGAAGUCAAAUUCAAGUAAACAAAGUUAACAGACAGAAGUAUGUGGAUUUGUACGUCGACUUUGUGUUCAACAAGUCCGUGAAGACACAGUUUGAGCAGUUUACGGAAGGGUUCUCUGAGGGCUGCCCGCUCGAUGCGUGGACCAUGUUUCACCCUGAAGAGCUGCAGGAGCUUCUCCACGGCUCUCCUCAAUAUAACUGGAAUGAGCUUCAACAGUCGGCUUCCUAUGAAGGCUGCUCUGCCUCUGAUGAGCUCAUCAAGAACUUCUGGACUGUUUUCUUUGAGCUCUCUGAAGAGAACAAGAAGAAAUUUCUGAUGUUCUUGUAUGGAACGGAGCGUGUACCUGCUGGAGGUUUCUCAAAACGUGCUCUGAAGAUUUCUCAGACAGACUGUCCUGAUCCAGAUGACCAUUUGCCAGAAGCCCAAACCUGUUUUGAAAGAUUAGUUCUUCCAAAAUACAGUGAUAUCAACACACUUCGCGAUAAGUUAAUACAUGCAGUCAACUCUUGUGCUGUUUUUGGACGAGGGUGAACUUGCCUGGGAUUCCAGACUUCUCAGUUCCAAAAAUAUGUUAAGUCAAGAAUGUAAAAUAGUUAUGUUAAAGGGCCCCGAUAUUGCAAAUAAAAGUUCAUAGUUUGGUUUUGGGGGUCUCCAACAACAGGCU